CUGCCACAUCUCACUCUUCAGGAGGUUCCAACCCACCGAUUCACCCACGGCGUGUCGACGCUUCCCUUACCUAGAUUCGACACCGGCAAUACAUGAAUGGUUCCGUAUCAAUAUUAGCUUUCGGUUCAUAGAGAUCAAUUGUCGCUGUGUUAAGAGUUCUUUUGAUUCUCUGAGGAAGUCUUCACCUACAUAUGUUCGGAGACCUGGUGGACCUUUAAAGAUGGGUGUGGUAGAUGAUAUGGAUAAGAAUAGAGAAGAUCCUCUCCCUGGUGAAGCAAAGAGUAUUUUACAGUCAUUGGCUUCUAGUUGGGAUGAUAUCAUUGAUUCAAAUGCAUUACAGGUGAUCCCGCUAAAGGGUGCAUUCACCAAUAAGGUCUACCAGAUCAAGUGGCCAACAAGAAUUGGAGAACCCAGCCGAAAGGUUUUGGUUCGGAUUUAUGGGGAAGGUGUGGACAUAUUCUUUGACCGGAAUGAUGAGAUCCAAACUUUUGAGUUCAUCUCAAAGCAGGGGCAGGGACCUCGUCUGCUAGGUCGUUUCCCUAGUGGGCGGAUUGAGGAGUUCAUUCAUGCACGGACACUAUCGGCACCUGACUUCCGCAACCCAGAAAUAUCAGCUCUAAUAGCAGCUAAAUUAAAGGAGUUCCAUGAUCUUGACAUGCCCGGUUCAAAGAAUGUAAUCCUCUGGGAUAGAAUGAAAAACUGGCUUAGCGCAGCCAAACAUUUGAGUACCCCUGAAGAAGCUAACUCUUUCUGUUUGGAUACCAUGGAUGAGGAAAUCUCGGAUUUAGAAAAGAAGUUGUCAGGAAACGAUCAACAUAUAGGGUUUUGCCACAAUGAUUUGCAGUAUGGAAACAUAAUGAUCGAGGAAAAGACCAUGUCAGUAACUAUAAUUGACUAUGAGUACACAAGUUACAACCCUGUGGCCUAUGAUAUAGCAAAUCACUUUUGUGAGAUGGCUGCUGACUAUCAUACAGAAACGCCUCAUAUUAUGGACUUCGAUAAAUACCCAGGUUUGGAGGAACGCAAAAGAUUUGUGCAUAUAUACCUGAGUUCUUCUGGGGGUCAUCCCAGUGAGCUUGAGGUGGAACGGCUAGUCCAAGAUAUAGAAAAGUAUGGUCUUGCAAGCCAUCUAGUCUGGGGCUUAUGGGGAAUUAUUUCGGGACAUGUUAACAAAAUUGACUUUGAUUACAUGGAAUAUGCAAGGCAGAGGUUUCGACAGUACUGGUUAAUGAAGCCAUCACUUUUGGGUUCAUCUGCGGUGCAGCCCCCAUGAAGGAAAGCAUUGCAAGGUCAUUCGCUGCACUAAUUUGACUUGCGAUGACUACUCCCAGUUGCCUUUGCACAAGAUGGUGCUGGACUUAAGGACUUGGGUGUGAAAUUCUUAGUAACCAGCUGUUUGAGUGUUUGCAGAUUUUGCAUAUCCCUCUAGGUUGAGUUGUCUCUUCAUAUCAAGGGAUGAUGAAUUCUUUCAUUACAAAACUCUCAUCUUAGAACAGGUGCCACUUGGAGAGAAUAUAUCAGU